GGGUCCAAGUAUUUGACCUUGCCCGGCACCAUGUUUACGGAAGUGAGUGAGUCUGAUGAAUGAACACUACAUUAUCGUCCGUGUCUAUGUGAAAUGUAGAAAAACUCACGUAUAGUUAAUUUGUCUCAUUUAGAAUAGUAGCUACUGUCAUACGUCUGAGGAUGAAGCUAGCUAGGCCACAAAAGCAGUAGCUAGCAGCCAAAAAACGUCAACGUCGCAACAUCUCAGAAGCAAGAGGUUCUCAAUGUAGACCUGACCAGACCUCUCUCCAGCACCAUGUGGGACCAGGAGAUCAGACAGAUGGCGUCCAGCCACGCCAUCAUGGCGUCAGGGGUGUUUAUGGCGACAGUGGUGCCAGCGGUGCUAGUGCCAGGUUUCUCUGUGUACGGGACACACCUGCUGUGGCUGUACUCUGUUGCCGGGGCCGUUUCCGUGGUCAACAUCACCCUGUUCUGGCUGCUGGGGGUCAGCUCCCCCACCAAGAAACACACUAUCACCUACAAGGUGUCUAGGUUGGUACGUUCCUGUCUCUACCUACUCCUCUCCUGUCUGUUCUUCCACACUGUAGUGAUCCUGUAUGGAGCACCGCUACUGGAGACUGCGUUGGAGACGUUCUCUCUGGCUGUGUUGUUGACCAGUCUAACCACUCUGCGGUGUGUCUGUGUCCUUGGGCCCAACGUUCAGGCUUGGAUAAGAGUGUUCAGCCGACAUGGGGCCAUGUCGGUGUGGGACACCUCUCUACAGAUGGUGGUCGGCUGCAGUGUUGUCGGAGCCUGGCUAGGAGCCUUCCCCAUCCCAUUGGACUGGGACCGGCCCUGGCAGGUGUGGCCCGUCUCCUGCAGUCUGGGUGCAGUGAUUGGUUACCUGACUGGGCUAGUCGCCGCCCCCGCCUGGAUCCACUGGCACCGCAAACACCUCACCUACAAGAUCAAGUGAUGGACUGGGGAGAGAGUGAGUGAGGAAGUGAUGGACUGGGGAGAGAGUGAGUGAGGAAGUGAUGGACUGGGGAGAGAGUGAGUGAGGAAGUGAUGGACUGGGGAGAGAGGAAGUGAUGGACUGGGGAGAGAGGAAGUGAUGGACUGGGGAGAGAGUGUGCAUUUCUGUACGUGCAUAUGGUUUAUAGGUCAGUCCUCCAGGCAGCUGAUCCAUUAUCCCUGUAGUAAUCCUGCUGUAUUCCAUUGAUAUCUGAAUAUGUACUGGACUGUUGGAGUGGACAGGCUCUCUCCUGUAAAAUAUGUUUCCUUCAAAAAAGAUUCCAGACGUCCCCCUUUUGACAAAUAAAGUCUUAGUUCUCUACA